AUGCAUGCCUGCCAUUCCGUCGCUGGACUAGUUUUGUGGGCGUUUCUGGGGCAGUUUGUUUUUUCGGAGCCUUCUUGUUUCAAGUUUGUCGGUGUUAUUUGAAUUUUGUUCGCAGUGGAUGACGAUCGCGCGUACGGACUGGAUGCAUCUUUUUGUGUUUAAAUAUUUGAUUUCAACAUGAACAACAUAACUUUAAUUAAUGGACCGAAUCCUCUUGUUGAUUCGUUAACCAUGAAUGCUCAGCAUGCCACUCAUCAGGUUGCAGCCCAUGUUUUUUCCCAAUCUCAACAACAGCCCCAUCAAUGCUCUUCUCCUGCUGUCAUCUCAAAUUCUAGUCCGGGAACGCCAGCUUCUUACUCAUCAGUUAUGUCAAGUUCUAAUAUGGUCAAUGUCGGCGGAAGCUUGAGUUCUACACCAACUGAUGACGAGUCCAAAACUAAUCUUAUCAUAAACUAUCUGCCCCAAACAAUGACCCAGGAAGAUUUGCGUAAUUUGUUUUCUUCGAUUGGAGAAUUGGAAUCAUGCAAACUAAUUCGAGAUAAACUGACAGGAUCAAGUUUAGGAUACGGCUUUGUAAAUUUUGUUAAAGCAGCUGAUGCUGACAAAGCUAUAACAUCUUUGAAUGGACUAAGAAUGCAGCAAAAAACUAUCAAGGUUUCAUUUGCUCGUCCUAGUACUCCAUUGAUCAAAGAUGCUAAUCUAUAUGUUAGUGGUUUACCAAAGUCCAUGACUCAAGAAGAUCUACAGCGUAUAUUCAGUCCAUAUGGUAGAAUCAUAACAUCAAGAAUUUUGGUAGAUUUUUGCACAGGUAUGUCUCGAGGCGUGGGCUUUGUACGAUUCGAUAAACGUCCUGAAGCAGAAAUAGCGAUCAAUGCUCUAAAUGGGACUGUUCCCCAUGGAGCAAAAGACCCAAUCACUGUGAAAUUCGCAAACAACCCUUCACAGAAAAAUCAACAGGUUUUUCAAACACUGUAUGCAGCCGCUGCUUCUCCCACGAGACGACUGGCUGCAACAACACCUGGUCCACUAUAUCACCAGGCUCGCAAUUUCAGAGCGAGUCCGUAUCCAGAAGUAAGGCCAGGCACAGUGAUUGCAGCUGGUUCAACUGCAGCUUUACAACCUCUGACUUUGGCGCCAUCAGCAGAGCUAGCGUUUCCACCGGGUACAACUUUCUCGACAUUACAACCAGCCUAUGCACAGACAGCCUUGCCCGAACAGUAUGCUUUACAAAAUUUCACUGGAUUACAGACUAUACCUGGAACCACCCACCUUGCACUGCCUUCCACAGGCUUGACUUUGCAAGGCUUGUCACUCCCCACUAUACAACCUGCCCCAUUAGCCACUGCACCUGAAAUUGCUCCAGCCACCCUCCCGGUUUCUGCACUAACACCUGCUGUUCCCGUAUCACGGCAAACAGCCUCCACUUCAAUUGGUGUAUUGACAGCUCCCAUCACUGCCGCUACCACUGCGUCACCAACCGAUCCCUCAACUUCGACAACGGCGGUUUCAGGGACAACUGCCAAUGGCAGCCAAUGGUAUUCAACUAUUUCUCCUGACUUAUUAACGAUGGGCAUGAACAAUGCUUCUUCUUCGAAUGUUCUUGGACAAGGAACUGCUGCUUUCGGUUGUUGCAUAUUUGUUUACAAUCUUGCUCCCGAUACGGAAGAAAAUUUACUUUGGCAGUUGUUUGGACCAUUUGGAGCUGUAACCAGUGUGAAGGUAAUUCGAGACUUUCAGACUCAAAAAUGUAAAGGUUAUGGAUUUGUUACUAUGACAAAUUAUGAUGAAGCAUUGAUGGCUGUAUGUACAUUAAAUGGAUAUAAACUUGGGGAUAGAGUAUUACAGGUAUCUUUCAAGACUAAUCGACCAAAUGUAAAAUUUACACAUUGAGAGUAAGUAAAUGGAAAGUCAAACAUGAAGCGCUGAUGAUAUAUUUCUUUCAAGUUCCAAUUUUGUUUCUUUAAUAACCCGUACAUAAUGUAAAGUAAAUGUUGCGAAAUGCAUUAGUAUUUAUGUAGGUAUCAUAUUCCCAAAGGCUUUGUGUCGUUAUAUUUCUGUUAGACCUUUUAUUACGGGAAAUAUUGCAUCAUUUGGGUUAACAUAUUUUGAAAAAUGGUGGGUUAUUUUGCCGUGGUGGGUGUUUAUUUUUACCAAAUGUACUGUCCAUAAUUAAAGAAAAAAUGGUGUAAAGGUUAUUGCUAAAGCCCUGUUACAAUUUCAAAAUUACCUGCUUACAAUAAACUUGUUAGUAAGUCUUUAUGAAAACCCUGUAUAUCCAUUUUUAUUUCAUUUGAAAUGUGCGUCCCUCUUGUUUUUGGGAAAAUUAGAAAAUUUAAAAAAGGUUUUAUGGAGUCUAAAUUAAAUCAUUUCAAAUACUAAUAUAGUAAAUAAAUAAAAUAUGUCCAUGUUCAAGUACAGACCACCAGGUUACAAUUCUUUGGCGGUUUCCUUUGGUGGUGGGUGUGUGUUGAAAAUAGUCUAAUUUUUUUGUGUAAUGAUUCAAUCAGUUACGAGCUUUGUUUCCUAGCGCACUAGAAACCUGGUAAAUCAAACUAAGGAAAGCCAUUCAAUGAAAUAUUGUUGCGUAAAGAUCUACUCAAGAAUUUCUUAGUAAGAACAGAUCUGUUGGGCAGCAAUAUUGUUAUGUAUGGCAAAAGACCAUUUGCAAAUAUUUUAGUCCCCAAGUUCACAAAUAACUUAUAUCAAUAUUUCGUUAGCUAUUGUAUUGUUCUCUGUCAGUCUAUGAUUCUGAUAUUAAUGUAUUCUUUUCUGAUGAAGCAAAUAUUUAUGUUUGGAUAUAUUGUGCAUGAUUUUGUUUUAUGUGAAGCAGAUUUAUUGGGAUAUUGAAUACCAACUGUCUCAUUGUGCGACAGACUGCCAAAUUUUUUGUGACGUCACACUCAAUAAUUGAUUUCUUAUUAAUUAUUAAAGACACAUGAAUGUGGGUUUCUGCUUUUAGCUCAAUUUUUACGUCCGAAACUUCUUAGCCAAGAUUCACUUUCGUAUCCUUUUACUAGACCUUGGUCCUAAAUUGUAUCCAGCCAAGCAUAAGUCGUUGAAGGGUAGCCUUUCAAAGGUGUGCUUCAACUAUGCCUGUAUACUGGCAAUUUGUGUGGCCUUGGCAUUGGUAGAUUUUAAAAGGAGAUUUGCGUAUUCUACAACUGCAUUUCAAACAUUUCCUACACCAUUUUACUAGACUUACAGUUUUAAUUAUUUUGCAUUAUUGAUUCUAUCGCUCAUGAAGAGAUUAAACGUAGUCCAUGGUAGGUAUGCCUACAGAAAUUAUAAUUACAUUGCUACAAGCAUUCUUUUUGUUGUAUGUAUGUUCUAUUGUAUAAAUUUUAGUUUAUUUACUAUUCAUUGUGUUUCGCUUCUUUUUGUCUUUAGUUUUGUUCUAUGUGACGGAUGUUUGUACAUGCAAUAAUCGAAUUCGGGUCAUUUAAUCAGUGUCAGAUAACUACUUCAUUCUCCAUCUAAAACCAUUUUUCAUUUGUGAACAUGUAAGCAGAUGUAAUUAUUUGUAGUGUGUUACUAAAUCACACCUACGCACUGUGGAUAUUUCCUCUUGUAUACACAAACUCUUUUCCUGCCUAGCAUAUGCCAUGACAUGAUAUUUACAACAGCAAUAGAUAUUAGAUACACACUACGCAAUAUUACCAAUUCCAAAUCUUAGUGCAAUAUGACUGCAGUCUUACAUACCCAAUACUCCAAUCUUGCCACUUUUUUGUUAUGGGACUUGCAAUUAUUUAUUUCAUCUUUUUUUUCUGAUUUCGGUUUUGGCAUAUCUCGGUCACAUUCUGUGGCUUAUUGAGGAUACACAAUUUUUUGGAGAAUUAUUUUUUGAUGGCCCACAGAUUGGCCAUGUCUCAGUGUUACGAUCCUUCAUUGUGUCUCAUGCAUGUCCAAGUGUGAGUGACAUACACAAUUAUCUAAAAUGAAUACUAAAUGCCUUUGCAUAUUCGUUACUCAACACGCUCCUCUUAUAUAAAAAUGUAAUUUCCUGUUUGUCUUCAAACUUUUCGAUGCUGCAAACGAUUGAUUAAUAUGUUCCUUUAUUACUGUGAUGAAAUUUUCAGGGAUUAGGCGUUGCUGUGUCCAUCAAUUGAGACUAAGCUUUUAUUGUAAUUUGAGUGAACUCUGAUAAUCUUGUCCAUGAAUUUAGUUUGUUUGGAAUUCAAUUUGAUUUACGAACUUAUGGUGUAUGUUGGAUUUUACAUAUUAAAAUUGGCAUAUUAUUUUAUCAACAUGGAAUUAUAUUAUUCAAUGAUAUACCCUUGUUUACAUGUUUAAUAUUUUUUUCCCCAUUAUGUGAUGAACUCUAUAAAAUACCAAGACUUGGGAUACUAUCGAACCCCAAACAUUGCAUUGAAGACAGCAACACCUAUGC